GGCUCCCCUUCCCUGCCCUUCCCUCCUCAUCCUCCCCGGGGUUAAACCCCGCGAUCGAACCCGCGGCAGCCCCGGGGCUGGGAUCGGCCCCUCCUGGGAGGGGUGAAGGGGAAACUGAGUCCCGAGGUGGGAUAACCCCCCUCCCACCCUGUCCCACGGCCGCUCCUGCUCUGCCCCAUCGCUCAGGGAGGGCUCGGCUCCAUCCCCCGGAGCCCCCCGUGCUCGUGUGGUACCUCUGCCGUGCCGGGGAGGGGUCCCGGGCAGGGUGUGCCGCCAGACCGGGGCUCUGGAGGUGCGUAGGUGGCUGCGAGUGAAGGAGAGAGACAAAAAGUCCCCCGGGUGACUUCCUUCCUGCCCGAGGCCUCCCUGGCGCGUGGCUUCCUGGCAGGGGAGGGGGGACCAGGGGAGACACCCCAGGGUGCAGGGACGGGGUGGAGUGAGGGGCAGGGAGCCUGGGCACGCCCCGGGCACCCCAAUAGACCCCUGUCCUGGUGCCGUGGGUACCACAGGGGUAGGUGAUGCUCUGCCAGGACAUCCCUUCCCAGGACAUCCCUUCCCAGGGUGAGGGCCUGGGUGCUGCCUGCCCCCGUCCUGCACCCCCUUGCUGGGACCCUCAGUGGCAGCUCUAUCCCCUCUCCCCUGUCGUGCCCCGGGUGCCAUCGCAGUGCUGGGCGUGUGCCGGGCCCGGUGCCGUGCGUGUCACACGUACCUGCUGCAGGAUGUGGCCAAAUCUUGGCGUUUUUCCCCUGGAGCUGCUCCAACCAGCUCGGGGAGGUGUGGAAGGGAUCCUGCCCCGCCCUGGCCCCCGGGGACAGGUGAUGGGGACAACAGUGUCACCAGGGCUGGAGGCAGGGCCCAGGGACCCUCCUCUGCCCCAUGGAGGGGAUGGCCCCCGUCUGGUGACACCUUGGAAGUGACAGUGACCCUGUGGUGACACGUCAGAGGGGACAAUACCCCCACGAUGAUGCUUUGGAGGGGACAGUGAGCUCCUGGUGGUGCCUCAGAGGUGACAGUGCCCUUGUGGUGAUGCUUUGGAGGGGAUGGUGGCCUUUCAGUGAUGCCUCAGAGGGGACGGUGCCCCAGUGGUGACACCUUGGAGGGGACCGUGCCUCGAUGGUGACCCACCAGAGGAGUCUGUGCCCCUGCAUCAGCUCCGUCCCCACAUCAGGGCUCUGAUGUGCCAAAUCAGUCCCAAAUCUGAUCUCGAUGCCGGGGCUUAGGGCAGAGAGGUGGAAAUCCCCAAACCUGUCCGAGGGCCAGGAACGACAAAGCGGCGUUUGUGCCAGGGAAUGAGGAAGCCGGGCCAGCCCCAGGCCUGGUGCCACGUCAAAUCCCAGAGUCAGAGCUGUGCCCGCGCUCCCGGGGGUCAGCGCCCGGCUCCCUCCGGGGUCUGGAUGUGGUGGCACCGCCGGGGCCGUGAGCGGAGCCGGGGGCACGGCAGGGAAGGGGUUAUGGCCACGGCCCCCGACGGCUCCGUCCUCCCCACUGAGGGUCCCUCCCCGACGGCCUGAACCUGCCUCCCGCCGUCCCCCUGCCCCAGGGCUGGAGCAGCUCGAGGCACAGCCUUCCCUCCGCGCCCUCCGAGGACGUCGCAGCAGCCUCUGGGACCCACCAAGCCCCCCCGGGACCCCCGGGCAGCCCCUGCUCUGCUCCUCAGCCCCGGCAGCCGGUCCGUCCCGCUCCGCAGGCAGCUGCCUGCAAACAACCUGCUUUUCUCUGGGUGAAGGUUUCCUUCGGGUUUGUUUUUCCCCCUCCCUCGGCUGGAGAUAAAUUCGGCUCUGCCGGAGGCUCUGCCCCUCCUUGUUUGGGCUGGUUGGGGAGGGGUCGCUCCCUCCCCUCCUUCCCUCCCUCCCGGACGUGUCCUUUGGGUGCCGACGCUUCCCCGGAGCAGCUGGACCAGGCGCUGCCUCUCUUGGCUGCAGACAGGAGGUAUCGAGCGGUGUCUCCGUGUCCCGGCCUAGCCGCGGGUGCCGUGUCCCCGUGUCCCCGUCCUCCCGCGGUUACCCGGUUUGGGGCUCCCCCCUUGCCACAGCCAUGCCGGCCCCGACGGGGAGCCCGGAGAUCCGGGCUCCGGAGCGUCUCACCUUCAGCCUCUGGGACUACGGAGUCUUCGGGCUGAUGCUGCUCGUCUCCACGGGCAUCGGGCUCUUCCACGGCCUCGCCAGGGGCGGCCAGAAAACCUCGGAGGACUUUUUCACGGGGGGCCGGCGCAUGUCGGCGCUGCCCGUGGGGCUCUCGCUCUCCGCCAGCUUCAUGUCGGCCAUCCAGGUGCUGGGAGUGCCGGCGGAGGCGUUCCGGUACGGCGCCAAAUUCCUCUGGAUGUGCAUGGCACAGCUCAUCAACACCCUGCUCACCGCCCAGCUCUUCCUGCCCGUCUUCUACCGCCUGGGGCUCACCAGCACCUACGAGUACCUGGAGCGGCGGUUCAGCAGGAGCGUCCGGCUGUGCGGGACCCUGCAGUACGUGGUGGCCACGAUGCUCUACACGGGGAUCGUCAUCUACGCCCCCGCCCUGAUCCUCAACCAAGUGACCGGGCUGGACAUCUGGGCCUCCCUGCUCUCCACCGGGGUCAUCUGCACCUUCUACACCACCAUCGGUGGGAUGAAGGCUGUCAUCUGGACCGACGUCUUCCAGGUCUUUGUCAUGCUCUCGGGCUUCAUCGCCGUCAUCGUCCGGGGGUCUCUGCUGGUGGGGGGUCCCGCCAAGGUGCUGGGCAUCGCUGCCAACAGCUCCAGGAUAAACUUUGGAGACUUCAACCCGGACCCGCGGAGCCGGUACACGGUGUGGACCUUCCUGCUGGGCGGGACCCUGGUCUGGCUCUCCAUGUACGGCGUCAACCAGGCCCAAGUGCAGCGCUACGUGGCCUGCAGGACCGAGAGGGAGGCCAAGAUGGCGCUGCUGGUGAAUCAAGUGGGGCUGUUCUGCAUCGUCUCCAGCGCGGUCGCCUGUGGCCUCGUCAUGUUUGCCCUCUACAAGGACUGUGACCCCCUCCUGGCCGGCGCCAUCGCCGCCCCCGACCAGGUACCGGCCCCUCCAGGACCCCCAGGGGCAGUGGGGUGGUGA